AUAAUAUUUUUUUUUUCUCACGGCUGGGCGUGGAAUCUGGCACACACAAAGCGACGCCGCGCCAGAACGAACACUCACUCACCAGGCGUUUCUUUUUUUUUUUUUUUUUUUUGAUUGAAGGAUUGUGGAGCCUCAAAUUGGAGGAGAGAGAGAGAGAGAGAAGGAGGGGAGAGUUGGGGGGGUCUCAAUGCGAUCACGAUGGGGGAGUGUAUUGAUUUCCUGAGCGCACUCCACAAUUGACAGCAUCUCUUUGCCUGGCACUCCACUGCCACGGCGCGCGCGUCACCUCCUCGCAUUCAUAUGCGGACGACGUGCUGAGCGCGAGGAGUGCAUUUCAUUGACAUUUUUUUGGUCUUUUUUUUUCAUGAGAGCUGACAAGUGGACGCCUGUUUUCCUUUUUUUCUUUUUCUUCUUCUUCUCGUUGUUGUUGCCUGGAAAUCCACCGCUUCGUCACGCCUCUUUAUUCGAAUUGCAGACGCCGGUACGCCCGCCGACUUGCUUCAACGGAAAGAUUGAAUAAUUCACGCUACAAUCACGCCUCGCCCCCCCACCCCCCACCCGUCCUCCCUCCCCCGGGUGAUCCUUCCCUGCCUUUCUCCGUACCUUCCCGGUGUCUCCUCGGUGGAUUUAUCGACCGUUAAAGCUGCGCACGCAUCUCGAAUAUCAUCUGUUGCUGCCGCCGCCACCGCCGGAGGAGAAUCGAUGCCGGCAUCUUCGACGCGCUGCUGAUCAAAAAAGGGGACGUUUCAUUGGGAGGUUUUUUUUUUUUCGGCUAAAAAUGGACGAAAAGGUGUUGUUACUUUUAUUGCUGCUGCUGUCUUUACACGCGAUGAUGCGCCCGCUGCUGUGAUUCGAUUCAUCAUGAUCCGUCUAUGCCGCCGACCCCCCCUCCCUCGUUGAUCCACGCCGUAAGUUGAAGAGCCGCGUGAGCAUUUUCGGCGUGAAGUGAUCCAGCGAGACGCGCACGGUGCGGAGGACCCCUCCUGCCCCCCUCCCAAAAAAUAAAAUAAAAUUAAAUAAAUAACGUGGAUGUAUCGCCGACUCCACGCCACGCCAGCCCCGCAGCUUUGAUUUCUCCCACCAGGCACGCAAAUGUUGAUGAUGGAGGACGACGAACUGGACGCUCAUCAGGUUGAUUCGGAUUUCGAACCGCAAAGCCGGCCUCGCUCGUGCACCUGGCCGCUGCCCUGCCCGGAGGAUUUCCACGAGGUCAGCGGGGGGCUUCCGUUGGCCGGCAUCAAGGUGGAGCCGGAAGACGUACCGGCGUGCCGAGCCGGGCUGCUGGCUGGCGGCGCGCCGGGCGAGCUCAAGCAUCCGGCCGGCGCCCCGGCACCGGCCGGCGCCGCGCACCCGUGCCUGGACGCCAGCGGACCGCUGCGCAAAGCCAAGUCGUCGCGGCGGAACGCGUGGGGGAACCAGUCGUACGCGGACCUCAUCACCCGCGCCAUCGAGAGCACCCCGGACAAGAGGCUGACCCUGUCGCAGAUCUACGACUGGAUGGUCCGCUUCGUGCCCUAUUUCAAGGAUAAAGGCGACAGCAACAGCUCGGCGGGAUGGAAGAAUUCCAUUCGUCACAACCUGUCGCUUCACACCCGUUUCAUCCGCGUUCAGAACGAGGGCACGGGAAAGAGCUCCUGGUGGAUGUUGAACCCCGACGGCGGGAAGAUGGGCAAGGCUCCGAGGCGGCGAGCCGUCUCCAUGGACAACAGCACUAAGUAUCUCAAGAGCAAAGGUCGCAUUCGAGGCAAGCGGGUCGGACGUCCUGGGAUCGGAGCGGGGUCGGCCGUCGCGGGCCUACAGAGCUCCCCGGACCAUGGCAGCCCGCCGCAUAAAGGUCUACCUGGUUCUGGAGGGACCUCAGUGACGGACAGUGAGUUUGACGCCUGGACGGAUCUCCACUCGAGGGCCAGCUCGUCCGCCUCCACCCUGAGCGGGCGUUUGUCGCCCAUCCUAGCGGAGGGGGAACCGGAGGAACCCGACGAGGGAGGCCUUUCCUGCUCCACCUCCCCCCGCCUCUACCCGUCGCCCACCGCCCGCUCUCCGUCCAUGGGGGCAGCCAACCGCUGUCCUCCCCUUGAGCAAUUGCCUCAGCUGGCGAGCCUGACAGGCGCCAUCAGUCUCGAUGAGCAGCUGAUGGAAGAUGGCUAUCAUCACCAUCAUUCACAGCAGCAACACCAACAUCCGUCUGUCGGCAGACAGAAGCACCAGACCUCAGUCUACCACUACAGUUUUGGAGUGAAGAGCCAGUCCUCCUACGGAACAGGGGGGUACGGUACGGCAGGUAUGGGCAUGAUGCGCCACCACUCGCCCAUGCAAACCAUUCAAGAAAAUAAACCGGCCAGGUUCUCCGGAACGAUGCGAGCCUAUUCCAGCACCAACGCCCUGCAGAGUCUUCUGACCGGAGGGUCGACCGGGCAGCCGUACUGUCCCAAGGAAAUGAUGCUGGGCCUGAAGAGAGAAGGCCAUCCGCUGAUGUCGUGCAACGGCUCCAACCCUCACAGUCACCACGCCGGACACCACGACGGCCACGGCCAGAGCCACAACGGACCUCACAGUCACAGUCACAGCCACAACAGAACUCACAGCCAUACAUCCGUUCACAACCACAACUCAUCUCACGGCCUCGGCCAUAACCACACCCCGCCCCGAGCGCCGCCCCUGAACCCGUGCGGCAACGGCAACCGGCUGCAGAGCUACAAUCACAAAACUCCCUACCUGUACAGCCCACCGUCGCACGCCCACCUCCCGGCGUCGACCACGCUGCCCCCCAACCCGGCGGGCAUGCUGGGCAUGCCCCAGGACUCCUGCCAUUUGGCCACCGCGCCGCAUCCGCACCCCCGUCACAACCAUUAUACCGAUCCACAGCACCAAGCCAUGGCGAACGGACCCUUCCAUCACGGUCAGGGUAUGGUCGGCAGUAACGGCACAGGGGGGUACCACCACGGCUACCACCAAGCCCACCCGCACGAGAGACUACCCGCUGACCUGGACAUCGACAUGUUCCAGGGCAGCUUGGACUGUGACGUGGAGUCCAUCCUCCUCCAUGACAUCAUGGACUCCGGAGAGGAGAUGGACUUCAACUUUGACUGCUCCCUGGCCCAGGGGGUGGGCAUCGGAAUGGGGAUGGGCAUGGGUGUGACCAUGGGCAUGGGGAUGGGAAUGAGCGGACUGGCCGGUCCCCAGCAAAGCCACAGCAACCAGAGCUGGGUCCCCGGCUGAACUCUGACACCCCCCGUCUGGCGCCCACGAAAGAACAAUCGUACCCAUGAAGCACUGUGCUCAAACUGUGACAUACCUGACUUGACACAGAGACUAUAGGACCAUGUCUUUCUUUGUUGUCCGUCACCCCCUACCCCUUUUUUGUUUUUGGCCCCGCCCCGCCUCGCCCACACCCCACCUCUCCCCUGUGAGGCCGAGCUCAUGUCUCAUUUUGGUAUUUCCUCAUAUCAGCUAUAUACUGUGAUGACAAUCUCUCAGCAUCGUCGCUUCUCAUCCACCACGAGAGACGAACUCCCGGUGCACUUUAUCGCAAGUGCGUUCGCAGAGCGGCUCCCGCAGAACCCGGAUCGUUCUCCGAGUUGAUCAAGUGUCAGACGUCAAACUCCAAUAGGAACCUUAAUCAGUCAUCGUCACAAGCGGGGACCAAACAUUGUUAACGAUAAUAAAUAAAUGAAAACACCCUUGCUGCAGUACAAUUGCGGCACAGACGACCGGAGCAAAAACUCAAUAAAUGCAAAUCAAUUUUUGAUCCGGAACCGGUUUCCUCAUAAUGAAAUUCAACGCUCAUGAGAUCCAAUCAAUUCUCGCCCAUGUCUUAGCGCCGGCGUUCUCGUAAUUUACGGCUUCAUACAUCCGGACCUUGGCACUUUUGACUCUUCUGUUGGAUGCGAUGUUUCGUUAAUGUCCCCUUGCCAUCCGGCCGAGGCGUGUUGUCACUACAUCGCCAAAUGGAUUCUAUCAUUAUUCGCUCGCAUGCAAUUUGGUGAAUUAAAAACUUGUCUCACCUUGUCUCACCUGGGCCUCUGGAGCCGUUCGCUCUCUCACGCUUGCACCCGCUGUCUGGAAGUGUUUCUCUCUCACUCUCUCUGUCUCUUUCCUCUCGCCUGCCAGCGGAGACAAAGUGGCCAUUACUCACAGCGAGCCAUUAAUGGGGCUUGAUUGAAAUUCAGCAUCUUGCUUUUAAUCUCCAAAGUGAUGCGGCAGCGAUGCGUCAUUAUUGAGAAUCUAACACAUUGUCCUCCCAUAUCUCACUUGAGCAGGGGAAUAGGCGGUGGUGAAGGGGGGGGGGGGGGGUUGUUGAGAGAGGCCAGGACGAACUGGUGCGAUGCCAAUGUCAGCGUCCACUUUUCGACCAGAUUGAAAUGAAAUUUAGCCCUUAAAGGGGGGCGAACUCAAGGCAAAAACAUUCUUUUGCAAUAACGUGGCCCCGCUCGUCGAAACAAUUCUAUUGUUUCGUGAAUCUUGCAUUCGCGGUUAUUUCAGUGAUUCAUCUCUUUUCACUGCUCUCAAAUUGCCGCCAUUUUGUCCUCUGCCGUCAAGACAACCGCCAACUGAAUUUGACGCCAAAGUGCCCCUCGGGCUCAAAUUGCCAAGGUCACAUGACCAAACCCAGACAGCAGGUGAGUCGUGACGUUCGCAAUGUGAGCCGGAGGGGCAUUUUGACGUCAUUUUCAGUGGACGCCAACGGUCGGCACGUGACGGAUUCAUCUCCUUCAUUCUUAUUCCACGAACGCAAAUAGGAAUCAGAAUGCAGUGUUUAGUCGACAGUGAGGUCACAGAGAAUUUAUUUUUCGCAAAGAAAAUGUUUGCCUUCAGUCCCCCCUUAACACUUUUUCGACAUCGUUUUUCGGUCAUGACUUUUCCCCGCCCCCUUUUCACACGCACCUUCCCGUCAAAUCACAGUUUGGUCAGUUAGGCCCGCGUUGGUCGAUACCUUACACGCGGAGGAGGAAUUCGGGAGGUGGUUAGGGGAGCCACUGUGGAAGGGGCUCGGGUUGAUGAGAAGCUCGCAAAACCAUUCACGCACAUCCCACCCCGCCACCCCCUCUUUUUUUCCUCCCCCCCCCCUGUAUGUUUAUUGUGUAGAUGUCGUUGUGUCGUCGCAAAUUCUAAGGACCAACAGCGCUGACGUAUUAGCAGUGAGGAAACUCUUGUCGGUGAAAUGAUGUUGCAAAUUUGACCUUCUUCCCAGACUCCGCUCGGUCGCCCGCCCACAUCUGUGCUUUGCUCGAUUGUCUCUGUGUUUGUGAGUGUGGGGGUGGUGGGUGGAGUACAUGGGGAUGUGGUGAAGAAUAGAGUGGUGGGAAAGGUGGUGGUGGUGGGGGGGUGGGGGGGUUUUCUUUCUCAUUGGCCUUGAAGGAGUCAUAGCGAGGACACCCCCCCACCCCUUCGUCUUCUCUGGCUCCUCCAAGGAGACCCUCGGUGCAUUUGGGCUUGCAGACAAAAGCAAAAGGUGGGUUGUGUGUGUGUGUUGGGGGGGGGGCGUUAUUGUUUGAGCCAAAGGUCAAAACAUGGCAGAGACUAUCAGACCAUUAAGUGAGGGAAACACACCUCCAAUUGCAGGGCUUUUCGGUCGCACUGGUUUCAGUCGAACGUGUUGGUUGGGGAAAGGUGUGGGAGCCUUCACAGAAAAACGGGCAAGUUGCGUUCGUCGAAGCCACCACGCGCAAGCGACACACUUCUUCUAUCCGAAAAGAGAGCUAUACGUGAUGUCUAAUUUUCCUAUAUUUAUUUAUGAAAGAGAUUGGUCUUUGUCAAAUCCUAAAUGUGGUAGUUGCGCCUGUACACCCCCCUCCUCCUGUUUUUUAAGAUGUCAACCCCCCCCUUCCCCCUUCCUGUUUUACUUACAUUUAUUUUGUACAAAAUCUAUAUAUUAAGAAUAUUGUAAAAUAGUUUUUAAAAAAAAUCUCAAAAGAAUAUCAGUUUUGUUGUCUAUUUCUUUUUUUCAAGAGAAUGUAUCUCAUCAUCUGGUGACUGUUAAAUAAAUGCAUUUAAAAGAAAGAA